AUGGUAGGCGAGGAGGAGACGACCCCCCCCUCCCCCUGGUCCGCCCUCCCCACCGCCGGGACCCCGCCCCCGGACCUGCCGGAGCCGCCCGGGCUCAGCCGGCGGGAAACUGAGGCACGUCCCGGGGCGGGAGCCACGCAGGGCCGGCGCGUGAGCGGCGGGAAACUGAGCACGUCCCGGGGGAGGGCCGCGCAGGGCCCGGCAAUAUCCGGCGCCGACAAACAACAUCUUCAGCCGACGCCAGGUCAGCACCCGGUACGAGCUGAGCGCAUCGGAGGCAUCCUCAAAGCGGCCCCCGAGGAGCAGCGCUUCUACAAGGAUGACCAGCUGCUAGACGACAGCAAGACCCUGGGAGACUGCGGCUUCACCAGCCAGACGGCGCGGCCCCAGGCCCCGGCCACAGUGGGCCUGGCUUUCCGAGCCGGGGAUGACUCCUUCGAGACUCUCCGCAUCGACCCCUUCUCCAGCCCCCCGGAGCUCCCCGACGUCAUGAAACCCCAAGAUUCCAGCAGCAGCGCAAAUGAACAGGCCGUGCAGUGAGAUCAGGGGGAGGGCGCAGAGACCCACCCUGUCCCCACAGGAUGUCUCCCCCGGCCCCCCAACACACAGCCCUCGCCUCCCUGCCUGGGAUCAAACCCCCUUCACCAGCCCCCCCGAAAUCCACCUUCUCUUCAGUUUGGAGACAAUAAAGGUUUGGCUGGUUUUGUGUUA